AUGAGUUCCAAAAAACUUAAAAAAUCUACUUGGGACAAGUGUCAUAUAAAUACAAUCAGUGGUAAUAAUCCAGAAGUGCUAGUUUUACCACCUGAUAUUUUACAAAAAUUAGGUAUAAACUUGGGAAAUAUUGAAAGUUCAAAAGAGAUUACUAUAAAAAAAGAGAACUUAAAAGACAGAAACAAUGAAUCUAAAGGUUCUGCAGAUAAAGAAUCUAUUGAAAAAACCUGUAAUAUCGAAUCAUCUUUUUUAGAAACUGCUAAUUUAAUGAAAGAGUCCGUAUUGUUGAGUCCAACAUUCCAUACCAUGAAACAUAAUUCUGCUUUAAAUGAAUUAAAAAUGGUUCAUACUAAUAAACAUGAAAAUUCAUUUGAUAUCCAGCAAAAAGACAGAAAAGAUCUUAGUAAUAGAAAUGAAUGUGAAAUGCACACUUUGCAAUUUGAUAUUGAAUCAGAUAGUGUUGUUGAAGUUACACAUAAUUUAAACACAGAAAUCAGGAAUCAAUCUGAAAUAAUUAAAGAAGAGAUUCAAACCUUAAACACAAACAGUAAAAUCCGAAUUAAAAAUACAUUAUCUAAAUCUAUAGAAACGUCGUCAGAAAAUGUUUCCAAAAAAGUCUUCGAUUCUAAUGCUUCUGAGUCUAAAAAUCAAAUAAAUAUAAUAUCACAGGAAAUAAUAGGGAUUGAUAGUAUAGCAAAAAUAAAAUAUUUGACUUCACCUGAUAGAAGACAUCUUAUCCCUGUAAAAAUAGAUACACUAUUGCCUAGCAAUAAAAUACAUAAGAGCAAAGAACAAAGAUCAUGUCUUUCAAUACCUGAAACAAUUUCUGGUGCAAGUCAUAUAACAAAUGUACAAAGCUUAGAUAGACCUGUCAAGGAACAAGAAAACAACAUAGUAAAUACCAAAUCACUAUCACUUGAAUCUGGAGAAAAUUUUAACAUAACACAGGACCCUAACGUAAGAAUUACAAAUGAAAUCAACAAAUUAAGUUUUAAUAACACCUCAAAUAUUGAAAUGGAAAAAAGUUACCAACCUGAAAAAUCUAAAUCACAAAUAAACAUAAUGGAAGAACACGUGGAAAAUAAUUAUAAUGAUAGAAAAACAAUGUUAUUAAAUGAAGAAAAUAAAGAAUUUGAUAAUAUAGCAGAUUGUAAUGAACAAAAAAUAUAUUUAAAUACUUCUAAAGUCAAAGAUGUGGAAUAUCAAUUAGUACCUGCUAAGAAUGAUGAUACUUUAUCAUCUAAAUCACUUGUAGCGAGGAAUACAAAAUUUGAUGAUAGUAGUAGUAGUAGUUAUCAUGAUAUUGAAGAAUUAAGAGACUGUAAAGAUAAGAAAAUUAACUCAGAAGAAAAGCUUAUAACGUCAAAAUUAUGUAUACAAGGAGUCGAAAAACCCGGUGGAGAAGGGAAACUUGUAAAUAAAAACGUGGAAAUUCAAUGUGUACGAACAUAUUCUAGGAGUAAAAAACCGAAGUCUUUGAAUUUCAAUAUUUUGAAACCAGACAGCUUAGAAAAAAACUUAAAAUAUGAAGACGCUGAAAAUAAACAAAUAGACGAAAUAUCCUAUUUGGACAUUGAGCAAAAUUUUUGUUUGUGCAAUGAUUUUGGCCGAUUAUCUUUUUAUGGGUAUGAUGCAAACUACGAGCAUAUUCAUUUCGGGGAACGUCAACCGGUCUGUUCAUUGGAAGUGUUUUCUAGUAUUUACGAAGAUAAUAAUAUGAUCGAAAUAAGUGAACAAGACAUAAAUAACAUUGAAAAUAGUACAAUUGAACUGGAUAAUAGUGUAGAACAUGAAUAUUCUCAUAGUAGUUUAUUUAUAUGUUUUAAAGACGAUAAAAAUUUGUGCGAAAAUACGAACAACGAUAGCACAAUUCUUUGUCAAAAAAAUAAAAUAUUACAAAACCAACAAAUUACCAGUGAAGGUACGGAAAAUGAUGAACACUUAAUUAAUAAAAAGCAUAUUGUUGCCGAAAAAUCGAAUGAAAGUGACACACCAUCAAGAGAACGCAAUGCAAUAAAUAAGUCGCCGAAAAAACGUAACAAUUUGGAUACCAGUUCUUCUAAUAGGGACCAAAAGGAAGACCUUGCAAAUGAGAGUAUGAAAUCUGCUGAAAUAGUGACCACUAGUAAAAAGACAAAGAAACGAAAAAUAUCUAAAACUGAUUCUGAUCAUGAUAAGUCUAAUUCAAAAAAGGCUUGCUCUGAUACAAUCUCAUGUGGUGUUUGCAAACAAAAAGUGGCUAUCGAUGAGUGGAAAAACCACAUUUCUAGUGAACAUGAUUUUAUAGCAUGGGCAGAGGGUGACACUCUUGAUUUAGAAGACAAAAAGUUGCUUCGAAGAUUAAAUAACAGAUUACUCGAAACUGGAAAAAUAAUAUGUACAUUUUGUGAUAAUGAAAUAUGUGCAUUGGAUGAGUUUAUUGAUCAUAUCAAAAUAUGUAUGCACAGACAAUUGAAUCCCAACCACCGGAUCAAAUGUGGCGUUUGUCAGCGUACAGUUGAAGGGUGUCUAUGGAUAGAACAUAUUUGUAAAGAGCACUAUUAUCUUGCCUGGGAGGACGGUGAACCACCUCUGGACCUAACCGAUAGUGAUAAAAUUAUGGCCUUCUUGAACAUAACGAGCAAAGCGGUUGGAGGUUUAGAAUGUACUAAAUGCGGUCUUAAGCGAAAAUUUGUCAAAACAUACAUAAGACAUUUAAAGAAAUGUGCUAAUAUUAAAAUACUUCCAUCUGAUCAAGUGGAAGAUGAUGAGAAAGUUGUCGACAAAAGUGAUGAGAAUAUUAUUGAAGAGAGCCCUAAAAAACCUGUUAUUAAAACGGAUGACAGCGUUACUGAAGACAAUGCUGAUGAUGUGACUCAGAAGACAGAACUCACUUCUGUUGUGUGCGGAGUGUGUCAAGCGGAUGUAGAAACUGAGAAAUGGAUAGAUCAUAUAUGUAUGGAACAUAAUUAUGCUGCUUGGAAGGAGGGAGAAACAGCCAUUGAUGUUAACGAUAUCAAGCAGUUGAGUGAGCACUUGUACGUACUUUCGAAGGCUCAGGACGGCCUCACUUGCGCCAAAUGCGGGCUUCGACGGAGAUACGUUAAAUCUUUCUUAAAUCACAUCAAAACUUGUGACGGCACCACGCACGACUCGACACUAAAUGAAUUAAAAAAAGACGAUAUCACGAUUGAAUGUGGCGUGUGCCACCAACAGAUGCAGGAAAAGCGUUGGUUCAACCACAUCCAGCGAGAACAUUCGUACUUGGCUUGGAAGGAGGGAGAAAACCCCAUCGAUUUCACUAAUGAUGAAAAUGUUAAUAACCAUUUAUACGCAAUGAGUAAGAAAUAUGACGGGCUUAUUUGUAAUAAGUGUGGCCUUACAAGGAAGUAUGUGAAAAUGUUUCUGGCGCAUAUACAAAGUUGUGAAUCAACAAGUUUCUUAGAUUAUUCCAACGCAGGAGAUGGAGUAAACGAUGACGACACUUGUGAGUGUGGUGUUUGCGGAAAAGUUGUUGAUAAAAAAGAUUGGAAGUCGCACGCCAUGAAGAAACAUUACAAUGUCGCGUGGGCUGUCGGCGACUACCCAAUAGAUGUCAAAAAUCCCAACGUGGUUGAGAAAUAUUUGAAGGAGUAUAGAAAUUUGCAUAAAAAGUUGGUAUGUUCGCUGUGCGGCCUCCUGCGCGCCUCCAUCCUCGGCUUCUACGCGCACGUGCUGCAGUGCGGCAAGACGGAAGAGGAAAUAGAUAUGUUCAAGAACUACUGCGAUAUAUGCAAUAGUAAAUAUCUUUGUAUCUAUAAGAACCAGCAUUUAUCGAUGCACAGGGAACAAGAGCUGAGCAAAGAACGCAAGCUUUCAUUUGAAUCAAAGAAACUCAUUGUACCCAAAGAGGAGAUAGAGCGCAGCGAAGGAAGGCAGGCUGCUAGAAAAGCUCUUAAUGUCAUAGAAAAAUAUAAAUCGUACGAGUAUAACUGCGAUGUGUGCGGUUACGGGGCUGAUGAUGAGAGAGAAUUGGAGGAGCAUAACUGUGGCAAAUUGUAUAGGGAUACGAGCGAUUCGGAGGUUUCGGUGAAGCUCGAGGACAGCUCCAGUGACGACACGGAGGAGAGCGGCGUCGAUAGAUAUAUAUCCGACGACGUGGAAAUAAAGAGGGAAAGGAAGAAAAGGAGCAAUGACACUUUUUCAGCUGCGUCGAAAAUAAAACGAAUACCCUUUGAUGUAAGAAAUCCAAAACUUUAUUUGCAGCAGGCUGGACAUGAAUACGUUAAAGCAUAUCUUAGUAACGAUCUGCUUUACCAACAAUGGCGAGAAUGUAAAUACGAGGCGAUACCAGAAGAACAAAUAUCAAAAUAUAUGCCACCAAUAGAAGAGUCUUGUAAAUUAAAAUUAUGCAAAGGCGAUUGGACUGUUUUUAAAAAGUUUGAAGCUAAAAAAGAUAGUGCGGGCUACACUAUAUUCGUGGGCAGCUCUAUCCAGUGCAUCGCGUGGGCGGGCGCGGGCGCGGGCGCGGGCGCGGGCCGCCAGCUGCUGGCGGUGGCGGCGCACAACGCCGCGGACACGCCGCGGCUGGGCGCCGGCGCGCACGCCCGCGCCAACAUGCUGCAGAUAUGGGACUUCGCUGCCUUGGACAGAUCUACACCAAAGUUUGCACUUGGAAUAGCUCAUGAUUAUGGCAUGGUGUGGGGGAUGGAUUGGUGCCCGUCUGGGACGAGGGAUGAUUUAAAUGAAAAUCAAACAACGUUUGCGAGACUGGGUCUUUUAGCUAUAGCCUGUUCCGAUGGACACGCGUACAUAUUAUGCGUCCCAUAUCCUUCCACGAUAACAGACGGUGAUAGAAAAGUAUACAAGUUACAGCCAGUUGCAGAAUUAAGAUUAUGCAGAACGGAUCGGGAGAAGUUUCAGGCUACUUCUAUAAGUUGGUCCUCUGAAACAGACCAUGCGAGUGUCUUGGUGGGAUAUUCUGAUGGCACUCUAGCACUAUAUGAUCUGCAAUCUGAGUCACCUAUUCUGGUACACAAAAUUAAGGAAGUUAGCAUAUUCUAUCCAUAUUAUGAAGAAAGACCGCAUAAUACGUGUGUAACAGGCGUGGCAACGUUCCCGCUGAAGUACAGCGCGCGCUCGCUGCUGAGCAGCGCGUCGCCCACGGGCGCGGAGUGCGCGCGGCGCGGCGGCGGCGCGCGCCUGCGCAGCGCGCUCGCCUGCUCCGCCGCGCGCCACGCGCCGCACUGGCCCUCCGUGCUGCUCGCCGAGAACGAUAGCAUCGUGAACCAAGCGGUGAACGAGCUGGACUGGUGGUGCUUGGGGCGACGGCUGGGCGCCGUGCACAGCUGCGGCGGCUGCGCGCACUGCGGCCGCCUCGCCGCCUACGCGCCGCCCGCGCUCCGCCUUAUGACGCCGCACCCCGUCUACUGCGACCUCAAUAAGGAGACGGUAGCUAUUAUCCACAUGGUGCCGCUCUCUCGAAAGCGGUCGAAGCAAAAGAACGACGAUUUCGGCGUGAAGCUCGAGCCGCUUACAUAUAAAGACGCUGUCAAGUCAUAUGGUAUUGAAGUUAGGUUUGCGAAGGAACUUGAUAAGAAACAAAUACAAAAUCUAAGUAAUAAAGAGCAAUGUCCAGAAAGAUUCCCGCUGGCCGACAUCCCCUCUAUGGCCUUCAACCCGUCUGCAAAGCAUCACAAGCAGUUGGCAUUAGCCACGCACUCCGGCUUUGUCUUCGUUAUAAACGUA